AAUACGCAUGCGUAAGAAAUUCUACGUCGUCAAAUCAUAAAUUCAAACUGGACGGCGGUUAAAAAGCUGUAGAGUAAAUAAAAUACUACACAAUUUCAGAGAUAGCGUAACAAUUGCAGUUAUGACGAGCACACUAAAAGGAAUCACAUUGAAAGGAAGCGCUGAGCUUGUUGCCGAGUUUUUCUCAUUCGGAAUUAAUAGCAUCUUGUACCAGCGAGGGAUUUAUCCCCCAGAGACCUUCUCCCGAGUCACCCAAUACGACAUGAGCCUUCAACUCACCACUGACACAAAGCUGAAAAAUUACUUGGCCAACGUCGUAUCUCAACUCAAAGAGUGGCUGUUUGACUGCACGGUCCAGAAGCUGGUGCUAGUAAUCACAUGCCUGGAAACCAACGAGGUCCUGGAGCGCUGGCAGUUUGACAUAGCAUGUGACAAGACCGCCAAGGAGAGCAGCGCUCCCAGGGACAAGUCCAUCAAGUCCAUCCAGGAGGAGAUUAGAUCUGUCAUCAGACAGAUUACAGCCUCUGUGACCUUCCUGCCACUGCUGGAGACUGCGUGUUCUUUUGACCUCCUCGUCUACACCGACAAAGACCUGGAGGUGCCCGAUAAGUGGGAGGAGUCAGGUCCCCAGAUCAUCGACCAAUCGGAGGUGGUUCGGCUGCGCUCCUUCACCACCUCCAUCCACAAGGUCAACAGCAUGGUGGCCUAUAAGAGGUCUGACUUCUAGCCUAGGACCCUGACCUCUGACCUACAACCCUGUACAUACUUACCUCUCAGUGCCUCCCCUGCUGCAUAGUGUUUUAGGGCAACCGAUGGCGACAAAUGUCGAACGCAUAAAGUGGUGGACAUACAACCUUCAAUCCUAAACAAACCCGGAGAAGCUGUUGUGCCAUGGAUGUGUAAACGGCUCUCGUUGUUAUUUGUAGUUGGUCGGUCCGUGCUGCCUUGUUGAUUCCUUCAAACACUGACAAUGGCCAUGAAACCUGAUGUUACCUCUUCUGCUCUCAUCUCUCUCUUUUUCCUACCUUUACCAUUUUUAUUCUGUCCUUUAUUGAGAACGCCAUGUCCUUCCUGGCUCACUGAUGUAAAUAUUGCCUGUUAGUGUAUAUUAUUGCAUUUUGGUACAAUACACUUAUAUGCCUCCAUGUUUUAGUAGUUCAUGUGUUGUGUUUUAAAGUUCUCAAAAUAAAUGGUAUUACGUCCAUG